AUGCUGGCCCAAAUGCGGUGGCUACUGCUGCUGCCAGUCCCACCCCUGCUACUACUGCCACUAGCCUGCCCAGCAGUGAAUUGCCCAGCCAUGUUUGUGCCCAGGACAACCAGCUCACGAUACCGCCGCGCCAUCCUCAAAUACCUCCCAACGCUCGUAAUCGGCAUCCUGGCAGGGUACAUUGCCGGCACACGGAACCUGACUCUGCAGGAAAUCAGCCAGAUAAAGUACGAGCUGUCGCAGCCGGACGCCCCAGCCUGCGACCAUGCCAGCGAACAAGAAAUCCUCGACCAGUACCACCCCCACGGCCAGAAGCCGGUCAAGGCUGCGCUGGUCGCACUGGUGCGCAACACCGACCUGCUCGGCAUGCGGCAGACGAUCCGGCAGAUCGAGGACCGCUUCAACUCGCGCUUCAACUACCCAUACAUAUUCCUCAACGAUGUGCCGUUCACAGAGGAGUUCAAGGCAGGCGUCCGCAUCCUGACCAGCGCCAACGUGUCGUUUGGCGAGCUCGACAGCGAGAGCUGGGGCAUGCCUGAGUGGAUCGACCGCGAGCGCUUUGAGGUGGUAAAGAGGACUGCGCGCUACCCGCACGGCGGCAGCGACAGCUACCGCAAGAUGUGUCGGUUCCAGAGCGGGUUCAUCCACAAGCACCCGCUGCUGGCCGACCUCGAGUUCUACUGGCGCAUCGAGCCCGACGUCGAGUUCUUCUGCGACCAGGAGUACGACCCGUUCGUGUACAUGAAGGAGAACGGGCUCAAGUACGGCUGGGUCAUUGGCAUGACCGAGUUCAUGGACACGGUGGCGACGCUGUGGAACACGACCAUGGGCUUUAUCGCCGAGCACCCAGGCAUGGUGAGCCCCGCCAACCUGAAGCGCUGGCUGCUGGACGAUGCCGGCAACUACAACGGCUGCCACUUCUGGACAAACUUUGAGAUCGUCGACCUGUCGUUCUACCGGUCGCCCGAGUACGAGGCAUACUUCCAGCAUCUGGAUCGCGCGGGCGGGUUCUUCUACGAGCGGUGGGGCGAUGCGCCGGUGCAUUCGAUUGCUGCAGCCCUGUUCCUCAACGCCUCGCAGACGCACUGGUUCGAGGACAUCGGAUAUUUCCACCCGGCGGUGGCAAAGUGUCCGUCGGGCUCAAACAUUCGCAGCAAGUGCGUGUGCGAUCCGCAGCGCUCCUUUGUCGAGAAGAGCUACUGCAUUGUGCGCUACAAGGAGUCGAAGCAGAUGGUGCUGGACCCAGAGGCGACCGAGCCUGUUCACACGGGACCUGUGUACAUGGCGGUGCCGGUGGUGGGCUAG